AUGCAACUGCUAGACAAAGCUGUGUCGAUCGUACCGAACAAUCCUCUGUGUCGUUUCCACAAGGCGAAACUUCUGGUCAUGCAAGAGCGGUUCACAGAAGCAUUGGCAGAGCUGAACAGGUUGAAGGUGAUGGUCCCGAAAGAGCCCAUGGUGUAUUUCUUGACCGGAAAGGUAAAGUUCAUUUUGAGACGCGGUCUUUACGUCCAAUGCAUUACAGGGGUUUAA